UAAUACUGUGUUUUUUUAGUUAACUUCAGGAAAUGUCAACUUUCAGUGUGAAGGAGUUUUUGAUUGCAAUCAAUUGUCAAAAUGGCUCAAAGGGGACUCAGACGAUAUUAAGAAUUGAUUUGUCUCAAAUAUGUGUCACUUGAGUAAAUUAUGCAGAUGGCGUCAUGUCCAAGCACAUCAAUAUUUGAGUUGUGGUUAAAGAUCAACGGAGCCGCCAUUUUAACUCCAAAGUAACGCAAACUGUCAACCAUCGUCCUCAGCACCAGACAUGUUGACAUCUAUCACUACGACAACCACAAUACUGCUGCUCAGCGCCGUCCUGGUGGAGAGCACAGCAGUGUUCUUGCAACGAGACUCGGCCGAGCAGAUCCUGCGCUCAGCUGCCGUCACCAGGAGGCGGCGAGCAAAUUCCAAUACGCUGGAGGAGCUUUUUCCCGGUGACCUGGAGCGGGAAUGCUACGAAGAACGUUGCUCCCAGGAGGAGGCCGCCGAGAUCUUCCAGUCGCAGGAGAAGACGCUGGAGUUUUGGUUCCGGUACACCAACUUCAAUCCAUGUGCGACCAAUCCGUGUGUCAAUGGUGGGAAGUGCACGCUGGAGCGGGAAGACUUCCUGUGUCUGUGCCCGCCCCAUUACCACGGCAGCACCUGCCAAUUGGAGGUGUCAUCAUGUACCUAUAGAAAUGGUGGCUGCCUGCAGUACUGUACAGACUUGCCAGAGGGCGCUGGUGUUCAGUGUGGAUGUGCUGAAGGUUUCAAACUGGAGUCUGAUGGACAAAGCUGUUCAAAGACAGUGGCCUUUCCAUGUGGCAGCCAGCAGGUGGGAAGGUUGCAUCGAGGUCGCGCCCUCUGGGACCUCUCAGAUGAUACCAACUUCACGGCAGAAACAGACAUAAUUUUGGAUUAUGCUAAUUUUACUGUUGAAACGGACGCCAUCUUGGAGGACACCAAUGUCACAAUGGAAAUGGACACCAUCUUAGAUGACAGUCAAGACAUAGGCUUCAACUGGACGAAAUUUACAGAUGAGCGUCUCAAUCCUCGCAUUGUGGGAGGAGCCUUGGAGAAACUGGGAGGUAGUCCCUGGCAGGUGCUCAUCCGUCGUGCUGAUGGCUAUGGAUUUUGCGGAGGAACCCUGGUGUCAGAUCGCUGGGUGGUCUCAGCUGCACACUGCUUCCAGCAGACUGCUCACCAUGUCACCAUAGGCGACUAUGACAAGAAGCGUCGUGAUCCCGGCGAGCAGAAGAUUCCUGUCAAGGAAGUUGUGCUUCAUCCUUACUUUCAUGAAUUCACCAUGGACAGCGACGUCGCUUUGCUCUACCUCGCUCGACCCGUUGUCAGGGGGCCCACCGCCAUCCCCGCCUGCUUGCCGGACCCCCACCUUUCCAAAUACCUGCUAAAGGAGGACAAUCGGGGCCUGGUAACAGGGUGGGGGGCCACACAGUACCUGCGCCGAUCCUCCCGAUUCCUCAGGAAGGUGGCGCUUCCAGUGGUCAACCACCACCUCUGCAGAAAUUCUACGAAGCAGGUAAUCACGGACAACAUGUUCUGCGCAGGCUACGUAGACACUGGCUUGGAUGCGUGCAGCGGGGACAGCGGUGGUCCCUUCGUAGUCCACUACCGUGGAACCUGGUUCCUGACAGGUGUGGUUAGCUGGGGUGAGGGCUGUGCCGCCAGUGGCAAAUAUGGCGUCUUCACCCGCUUGGGAAACUUCCUCAGCUGGAUCAAGAUCACCAUGGACAGGGUGGACCGGAAUGCCACACACAACUGAGCAUGGUUUUCCUUUAUUGGUUGGAUGGAAGAAAUGGGUCCGGCCAAGUGUGUAUGUUGUGCUUGUGAAUAUAUGUACAGUGAAAUACAGAUUGCAGUAUUUUAGACAUUUUAA